CCCAAAAAAGUGGGUGUGCUGUGUCACAUGACAUCGUGACGUCAUGUCUUAUCCGGAAGUGUAGGUUUCACAAAAUGGCCGAGCAACCUGGUUUGUCUUUGGAAUUCCAAGACGUGAAGAUUCUCAAACAAGAAAUCUCCAAACUUUCAGGUUUGAUCCAAAAAGAAAAACAAAGAAGAGCAUUAAGCACUUGCCAGGGUAACACCUUAAGUUUUUCUCGAUUUUCUAAUCGUUUUACGAAAUCUUCUCCCACUCCAACCUUGCCCACCAAAACAUUCAGGUCUGGUACCUACUCCAGAAUGUGUUACUUGAAUUCAAAACUGACACAGGCGAAACCCAAUCAAACUUACCAAAACUCCGCUUCAACCUCAAAGACUGUUGUUUCUAAUAAUUACUCCAAUACUCUUCAGUCGCAUUCCCUUUCUUCCAAGUUUUCAUAUCCUUUCAAAUCAAAGAAUUCGUAUUCUAUGUCAACCAAAAUUCCCUGUUCAUCGUCUCCAUCAGCAUCAUCAUCACAAAGUAAUAAUGAAGUAUCGUCAACGUCAUUAUCAUCACUGUCUUCACCCAAUAAAUCACUGAGUUUAUUUGAAGCAAAAUCCAAAAUGGUUAAAAAUGCUCAGGAAGAUCUCAUAAAAACUGAGGCCAAAUUACAAUGUUUAAAGACAACCUAUGCUAAAUUGUGUUCUUCAGCUCCAUUCAGAACUGCUGCUUCUCAAAACACAAAUGUUCAAGAAAUUAUUCAUCCUAAAGACACUGCAACUAAAUCCAUAACAUCUCCAGUCAAAGAGAAACCUUCAGAGCCUUCUCCAAAACCUGUUGCUAUUAAACAGCCAACUUGUUUCAAGAACACAACAAAAGCACAUGCUAUUAAACUGUCUCCAAAGACUUCUCACAUUAAAUCUGAUGUUUCUCUCAAAUCUUGGAUUCGAAUUCCAUCUGCGAAAAAAGCCCCUCUCCUGCCUUCGUCAUUGACUGUAUUUCCUCAGCAUUUCUCUUCUCAACACCUGUCUACAGUUCCACAGAAACCAGUUCCGCAAUCCUCCAAAAGUCUCAAAUCUCCGUUGGUGCAAUGUCAUCGGUAUAAAAUUGUCAGGAAACCUGGUGUCAAGAAGCCGACGACGACUCCACUGCCUAAAAGUACCAAAAUUCUUAAACAAAACAAUCUUACAACACCAUUUAAGCUAAUCAAGAACCAGUCUGCCUCCUCUCCAUCUUCCAGUUCAGUUAGUCUUCCACUGAGAAAGACAGGAUAUUCCUAUUUUUCUUCAAAGAGCCUCUUGCGUGCAAGAGCUUUAAACCGAAAUGCCAAUUCUGUGAUUGCCAAAGACUAUAAAAAGAGGCUUGCUGCAUUGUUAAUUGAUUUUGGCAAAGUUGCUUAUCGCCCAAAGAAAUUAGCUUCCAACAACUUAUCCAAACAAAAGCUUGUCAAUGUAUCUGUUUGUCGUACACCAAGUAAGAAGACUCUUGGAAAAACCAAUAUCCCACCAAAGUUCAAGAUGAAGAUUGAUCGACGUCGAAGACUAUCUCGAAAGUACAGUCCAUGUCUGCAGUUGAAAUCAUCUCCUUUUUCUCUCAUCAAGACUCCUUUGAAACUGAGUGGAUAUCGGAGGAGCUCUGCUGCUGCUGCUGUUAAACGUGCCCACUUUAGUAAAUUUAACAGCCUGAAAACUAUUACAGUACGAGGAGUGAAAUUUCAUGUGGAAGCUGGUGGGAAGACACUCCGUCGAAUGAAUACCAAAACUGGAUCAGGUUCUGCUUCUCGCUUGAUGGGACUUAGAAAGCUGAAUAUUGCUGGUGUUGUGUAUACUCAAACAUCUGGUGGUAUGUUGAAGAGAGUCGAUAACCCAACAGUUGUUAUGGCAAAUCGUGUGGUCACUCGAAGUAUUGCCACGGCUGCAGCCAGGCUACGGAAAGGUUAUUCAAAGCCGCCAGCACAGAAGCCGUGUCUGUUUUAUAAUCGAUUUGGAAAGUGUAACAAGGGAAACAAAUGUCCUUACGUUCACGAUCCAAAGAAAAUAGCCGUCUGCUAUCGAAUGAUUCGAGGCGGUUGUAAAGUAGAAAACUGCCCAUUCUACCAUCAGCUCUCAAAGGAGAAGAUGCCGAGCUGUUCUUACUUCCUGAAAGGCCAGUGCAAUCGGGAUAACUGUAUCUAUCCACAUGUCAAAGUGAAUAAAAAUGCCAUCAUUUGCGAAGACUUCCUCAAUGGCUAUUGUAGUUUAGGAGAGAAGUGUACUCGGAAGCAUUCCCUUGUUUGUCAGAAAUUCCGUGAGAAUCAAGUUUGUAGCCACCAUGCCUGUAAGUUCAAUAGCCGUAAGAAGAUCUCCAAAGACGGCCCAGGAAAAUCUAAAACUGUUGUGGUGAAGCGGAAAAGAACGAACUCCAAGUCUUCUACAGCAGCAAAAUGCCGUGUAACAAAGAAAAGCUUCCCAGAAGAAUUGGCCAGUCUGUCGUUUAUUUCAUUGGUCAACUCCUCCGAUGAAUCACUGCUGGACACUUCAACUACUUCCAAUACGAAUGAAAUGAAAUCACCCAAAGAGACCCUACGUAUCAAGCCUCGCCUUUGAAUUGUAAAGUAACACUGCAGCCACGAAACCAUUUUCUUGCCUUGAGUUGAACUUGAACCCUGGACAUUACUGGUUUGUUUUUUUAUUUUUUUUUUCGCCUGCUAAAAUUGGAUUCCCUGGUUUGUACUUUGGUCUUCCAUAUGGAAGCCCUUUCUUUUUCCCUUCUUUUAAACAUUCUUUAUCCAUCAUUUCUUUAAUUUCAUUAUUUCUAGUUUUUAACCUGUCCGACUUUAAGACAGGUGAUCUUCUUUUCGAAGAAGACUUGGCAAACAUGAGUUAAUCUUCAUUAUUUUAUUAAGACCCUUUCUAUUGUAGAAUGACAUUUAAAAGUUUUCUUCUCUUUUUUAUUAUCUUUUUGUUUUUUUUUUUGUUUUGGUUAGAUCUGUUCAUCUUAACCCCCCACCACCUGAUAUCUCUGCUGUAGCAUGAUUCUAAACUCCCAGAAAGCUCUUUAGAUUCUCAAUUAUAGCAGUUGAAACUCAAUACUCAGAGUUUUUGUAUCUUAAUUUAGAUCAUUAUUUUUCUCUCCUAAAGUGUUAGUUUUUUAUUCAUUAAGCAAGUCUCUCCAUUGCUUCAUUUUUCUGUUGCCUUUAACUGAACAUCAUUGUGAGUGUGAAUGCUUGAACUGAACAGUAAUGCGGACAAGUCUAUCACGUUUCCACUGUUACUUCGUUUCCUCCCUCUUUCAUUCUGAACAAAGCAAAUUUUGUUACUUUCUCAUCCUUUCAUAUUCAUCUUCUUUUUUCUUGCUCAAUUGGAAAAUCUGAAUUAUUUACAAAAAACUUCCCUGUUCCACCAUCUUUUUAUAUGAUCCUAAAAUAGGUUUAGUCUUGGAUGAUCAAUCCUUUAUUUAUUGAUAAUCUUGUUUAAUGUAAUUAGCAACAAAAUCAACUGGACGCCAAUAGAAUGCCACUUUGGUAACCUUUUACACCAAUUAAGGUCAAACGAGACAAAAGAAAUAUAUGUAUAUAAAAAAAAACUUAUACACAAACACACAUACUAAAAAAUAAACAAAUAAUGGGUUUUUGUUUUUUACAUGAAAACCUUUUAAAAUUUUCUGUAAUUUUUAGUAUGAACUUUAAAAAGAAAUGAAAAAAAGAGUGAAAAUAAAGAUUUAAAAAAGAUACAGAUGAUUAAAUAAAGAUUAUUUAAGAACAAAUAUAUUUGGCCGAUUACUUAUUGAAAAAUUUAAAAGAAAAAAA